GCUAUAGAGGGCGGGGCAAGGAGGGGCAACGUCACAUGACCGCGGGAGGCUCCUCGCGGGGUGGGUGCUGCUUGCUGCAGGCUCUGGGGAAUCGCCAUGCCUACAACACAGCAGUCGCCUCAGGAUGAGCAGGAAAAGCUCUUGGAUGAAGCUAUACAGGCUGUGAAGGUCCAGUCAUUCCAGAUGAAGAGAUGCCUGGACAAAAACAAGCUUAUGGAUGCUCUGAAACAUGCUUCUAAUAUGCUUGGUGAACUCCGGACUUCUAUGUUAUCGCCAAAGAGCUACUAUGAACUUUAUAUGGCUAUUUCUGAUGAACUACACUACUUGGAGGUCUACCUGACAGAUGAGUUUGCUAAAGGAAGAAAAGUUGCAGAUCUCUAUGAACUUGUACAGUAUGCUGGAAAUAUUAUCCCAAGGCUUUAUCUGUUAAUCACAGUUGGCGUUGUAUACGUCAAGUCAUUUCCUCAGUCCAGGAAAGAUAUUCUGAAAGAUUUGGUAGAAAUGUGCCGUGGUGUGCAGCAUCCCUUGAGGGGUCUAUUUCUUCGAAAUUACCUUCUUCAGUGUACCAGAAAUAUCUUACCUGAUGAAGGAGAGCCAACAGAUGAAGAAACAACUGGCGAUAUCAGUGAUUCCAUGGAUUUUGUACUACUCAACUUUGCAGAAAUGAACAAGCUCUGGGUACGAAUGCAACAUCAGGGCCAUAGCCGAGAUAGAGAAAAAAGAGAACGAGAAAGACAAGAGCUGAGGAUUUUAGUGGGAACAAAUUUGGUGCGCCUCAGUCAGUUGGAAGGUGUAAAUGUAGAACGUUACAAACAGAUUGUUUUGACUGGCAUAUUGGAGCAAGUUGUGAAUUGUAGGGAUGCUUUGGCUCAAGAAUAUCUCAUGGAAUGUAUUAUUCAGGUUUUCCCUGAUGAGUUCCACCUCCAGACUUUGAAUCCUUUUCUUCGGGCCUGUGCCGAAUUACACCAAAAUGUAAAUGUGAAAAACAUAAUCAUUGCUCUAAUUGAUAGAUUAGCUUUAUUUGCUCACCGUGAAGAUGGACCUGGAAUCCCAGCAGAUAUUAAACUAUUUGACAUAUUUUCACAGCAGGUGGCUACAGUGAUACAGUCGAGACAAGACAUGCCUUCAGAGGAUGUUGUAUCUUUACAAGUCUCUCUCAUUAAUCUUGCCAUGAAAUGUUACCCUGAUCGUGUGGACUAUGUUGAUAAAGUUCUAGAAACAACAGUGGAGAUAUUCAAUAAGCUCAACCUUGAACAUAUUGCUACCAGUAGUGCAGUUUCAAAGGAGCUCACCAGACUUUUGAAGAUACCUGUUGACACUUACAACAAUAUUUUAACAGUCUUGAAAUUAAAACAUUUUCACCCACUCUUUGAGUACUUUGACUAUGAGUCCAGAAAGAGCAUGAGUUGUUAUGUACUUAGUAAUGUUCUGGAUUAUAACACAGAAAUUGUCUCUCAAGACCAGGUGGAUUCCAUAAUGAAUUUGGUGUCCACAUUGAUUCAAGAUCAGCCAGAUCAACCUGUAGAAGACCCUGAUCCAGAAGACUUUGCUGAUGAGCAGAGCCUUGUGGGCCGAUUCAUUCAUCUUUUGCGAUCUGAGGACCCUGAUCAGCAGUACUUGAUUUUAAACACAGCACGAAAACAUUUUGGAGCUGGUGGGAAUCAGCGAAUUCGCUUCACACUGCCACCUUUGGUAUUCGCAGCGUACCAGCUGGCUUUUCGAUACAAAGAGAAUUCUAAAGUGGAUGACAAAUGGGAAAAGAAAUGCCAGAAGAUUUUUUCAUUUGCUCACCAGACUAUCAGUGCUUUGAUCAAAGCAGAGCUGGCAGAAUUGCCCUUAAGACUUUUUCUUCAAGGAGCGCUGGCUGCUGGAGAAAUUGGUUUCGAAAAUCAUGAAACAGUAGCAUAUGAAUUUAUGUCCCAGGCAUUUUCUCUGUAUGAAGAUGAAAUCAGUGAUUCCAAAGCACAGCUGGCCGCCAUCACCUUGAUCAUUGGUACUUUUGAAAGGAUGAAGUGCUUCAGUGAAGAGAAUCAUGAGCCCUUGAGGACUCAGUGUGCGCUUGCUGCAUCCAAACUUCUGAAGAAACCCGAUCAGGGCAGAGCCGUGAGCACCUGUGCACAUCUCUUCUGGUCUGGCAGAAACACAGACAAAAAUGGGGAGGAGCUUCACGGAGGCAAGAGGGUGAUGGAGUGCCUAAAGAAAGCUCUAAAAAUAGCAAAUCAGUGCAUGGACCCCUCUCUACAAGUGCAGCUUUUUAUAGAAAUUCUGAACAGAUAUAUCUAUUUUUAUGAAAAGGAAAAUGAUGCGGUAACAAUUCAGGUUUUAAAUCAGCUUAUCCAAAAGAUCCGAGAAGACCUCCCAAAUCUUGAGUCGAGUGAAGAAACAGAGCAGAUUAACAAACAUUUUCAUAACACGCUGGAGCAUUUGCGCUUGAGGCGGGAGUCACCAGAAUCUGAGGGGCCAAUUUAUGAAGGUCUCAUCCUCUGAAAAGGAACCAGCUCACCAUACUCCUUUCCAUGUGUAUUCGGUUUUAUUAUACUAGGUUUCCCGUCCAUAGAUUGUGCCUUUCAGAAAUGCUGAGGUAGGUUUCCCGUAUCUUAACCUGUGCUGUGUUUUACCCAGCACCUCCGACAUCACCUUCAGGACCUUAAUAAAGUUAUUCACUUCAUAAGUGUUCAGGUCUGUCUGCUGAACAGACAGUAGCAUGACUGAUCUGCUAUUUAAAAUUCCUGUGAUCUGUAAAAA